UUCCGCUACGGGCGCUAGUGUGCGUUCCGCGAGCGGAAGUAGCUGUUGGGAGCGUCCCGACGCUUUAAAUUCCUGCGGGGGCGGCGGCCUUGGCUUUUGGGCUGGGGUCUGGCUUCGCGCUCGCAUGGCUGUGGACGUGAAGUCUCGAGCGAAGCGCUAUGAGAAGCUGGACUUCCUCGGGGAGGGACAGUUUGCGACGGUCUACAAGGCCAGAGAUAAGAACACCAACCAGAUUGUCGCCAUUAAGAAAACCUCAGGGCCUGUUGGUGUCGUUGACCUCCGUCUUCCUGUGCUACUUUGAAUGUUUCCUCCUUUGUAAACUCAUUACUCGCUUGAAGUGUGGAUGGUCAGGCUUCCAUCUUCCAACCUCCCAGAUCAAACUUGGACACAGGUCAGAAGCGAAAGAUGGUAUAAAUAGAACAGCCUUAAGAGAGAUAAAAUUGUUACAGGAGCUAAGUCAUCCAAAUAUAAUUGGUCUCCUUGAUGCGUUUGGACAUAAAUCUAACAUUAGCCUUGUCUUUGAUUUCAUGGAAACUGACCUGGAGGUUAUAAUAAAGGAUAAUAGUCUUGUGUUGACGCCAUCCCACAUUAAAGCCUACAUGUUGAUGACUCUUCAGGGCUUAGAGUAUUUACAUCAGCAUUGGAUUCUACACAGGGAUCUGAAACCAAACAACUUGUUGUUGGAUGAGAAUGGAGUUCUGAAACUGGCAGAUUUUGGCUUGGCCAAAUCAUUUGGGAGCCCUAAUAGGGCUUAUACGCAUCAAGUUGUGACCAGAUGGUACCGGGCCCCUGAGUUAUUGUUUGGAGCUAGAAUGUAUGGUGUGGGUGUGGACAUGUGGGCUGUUGGCUGUAUAUUAGCAGAAUUGCUUCUAAGGGUUCCUUUUUUGCCUGGAGAUUCAGACCUUGAUCAACUAACAAGAAUAUUUGAAACUUUGGGUACACCAACUGAAGAACAGUGGCCUGACAUGUGUAGUCUUCCAGAUUAUGUGACGUUUAAGAGUUUCCCAGGGAUCCCACUGCAGCACAUCUUCAUUGCAGCAGGAGAUGACUUGCUCGAUCUCAUCCAAGGCUUGUUCUUAUUCAAUCCGUGUACUAGAACUACUGCUUCCCAGGCACUAAAGACGAAGUACUUCAGCAACCGUCCGGGACCAACCCCUGGAUGCCAGCUCCCAAGACCAAACUGUCCCGCGGAAGCCCUGAAGGAACAGGCAAAUCCAUCUGUGGCAACCAAACGAAAAAGAACAGAGGCCUUAGAACAAGGAAUAUUGCCCAAGAAGCUAAUUUUCUAGUUACAGCGAACAGUGGACAGCGUUUCACUGCUGAAAAGAUAAUCCGAAAGACAAAUAAUGGAAAAGGAAAAAUAGGGAGCAUUAAAUGCCAUAGAAGAGAACUUGUAAAUAUUCUACACAUGUAAAAUAUGUAAAACUAUGGGUUAUUUUUAUUAAAUGUAUUUUAAAAUAAAAUAUUUGUGAUUUAUGAUUAGAGUACAAAAAUCAGUUGAGUUCUCUGAAAUGUAAUUCACAGUGUAUUAGGAGAGCCUUAAUAUGUAAUUACUGGUUAUUCUGCAUCUCUGGAGGAUACAUCACCUCAAAUUCAUUAUGAAUAGUACUUAAAACAGAAAAAUACUUUGAGCAGUUUUGCCAGUACUUAACCCCACUACCCAAUCUAAGUAGACUUGAGAAGAUAAAACUGACACCUCCCCUCAAUCCUCCCCCACCUGGAACUCACUGUGAUCCUCCUGCCUCAGCUCCUGAGUUGCUUUAAUUAUUCUGGUAUGCACCACCAUGACCCUUUACUACUUUGCAUUCCACUCCUUUUUACCUCACCAAGGAAAUGGCUUUGGGUAAAUUUGUGUUUAUGAUUCCAUGGUUUUAUACUGUCACCAUGGAGAGCUCUAUCUCACCUUAAGGUAGCACACAGCUAUGAUCCUAGCAGUAAAGGUAGGUGGAUCUCUGAGAGUUUGAGGCUAGCCUGGUCUGCACACUGAGUUCCAGGCCAGCAAGGGCUACAAAGUAAGACCGUCUCAAAAAACAAACAAAAAAACUACUAAAUAUUUUUUGUUUGUUUUUUACUUAGAAACUUCCUUUCCAUAUUAAUGAAUAUGAAUCUAGUUGAUUUAGUUACCAUAUAAUAAUGUGUUGUAAAUAAUGCUAUUUACCUGUGCGUUGUUUAAGGAAUAUUAUUUUUCUAUUGUUGUAUAAAGUUUAUCAUAAAAAUAGUAUGAAUUGUGAGGCAUAGUGGCUACUUAUCCCUUUAAUCCCAGAAUUUGAGAGGCAGAGGCAGGUAGAUCUCUGAAUUCAAGGCCAGCCUGGUCUACCAAGUGAGUUCCAGGGCUACAUAGUGAGAACCUUUCUCGAGAAAAAGAGCCCAAAUUUAGGUGUAGCUUCGUGGUAGAGAGUUUUCCCAGCAUGUAUGAGCCCCUUGUUUCUGUACCUGGCACUGUAAAAUAGAUGACUCAGAUCUGUACUUCUUAGGUGAGAUAACUAGCUAACAUGGCUCAACUUACUUAAGAAUUUCAGCAAGACUAAAGCAAGGUGUCCAUCACAUGAGCUUUUUUUUUUUUUUUUUUAAAGUUAUGUGCAUGGGUGUUUUGUCUACAUGUGUGUCUGUGACAUGUGCAUUCCUGGUGCCUGUGGAGGCCAGAAAAUGGCAUUAGAUCCCCUGGAACUGGAAUUAUGUGUAGUUAUUCCAUGAGGCUGCUGGAAAUCAAACCUAGCUCCUCUAGAAGAGCAGCCAGUGACUGAUUACUAAGUCAACACUCCAGCCCCACAUGAACUUCCUGUAUGGGAGGUUUGGGAGAGCAGAACUUCACUCCUGAUCUGCAUUCUCCUUGAGUCCCGUGAGGGUUCAAAAAAUAAGAUUGACAUAAACUUCACAGAAGAAAAACUGUACAAAUUUAUUGUAUAAGUUUACAUAGGGCAAAAUUGCAUAUAAUUGAUAGGGACUAGUGGCUGGAUGCUCACUUGAGGGUUACAUGACCCUCCCCAUCCCCCGCUUUUUCCAAGAGGGAAGGUGCCCAGUCAAGCCCAGCUAGACUCCUGAAGAUGUCAAUGGUUUGGUACAGAGGAUAGUCCUGUCCAGCAGCUCCUAAGAAAGAAACUGUUAAAAAAGUAAAGAAGGGCUGGAGUUAGGUUCUCAACACUGAAACAGGGCAGCGCUCAACUACGGGGGACUCUGCUGCCCUCUUCUGGCCUCUCAGGGAUCUGCACUCAUAUGCAUACAUAAAAAGAAACCUUGUUAUUUUUAUUUUUGAGACAAGGUUUCACUGUGUAACCCUAGCUGGCCCUGAACUUGGUAUGAGAAACCUGCCUAAUUCUGCCUUCAGAGUUCUGGGAUUUAAGGCAUACACCACCAUACCUGGCCCAAAAUAAAUCUCUUUAAAAAAAAAAAAAGGUUCCUGACUAGUUAGCUGUAUAAAGAUAAAUUCACAUAGGACUUUAAUUUCAUUUUAAAAUCUUUUCAUGCCAGUACCAGGACUGCAUAUGUAAUUUAUCUAAUGUGCACACUUAAUAUUUGUGAGGUCAUGAAGUGCAUGCAUUUUCUGUUGAUGUUGACAUUAUCAUGUUGCCAUGUAGUUUUUGAUUUGUUACAUCCACACAGAGAAUUAUGCCCUCGAACAAUCUGGAAGAAAAAAGUGAUGAUGAUGAUGAUUUUCUUAAUCCCUUUGGCACUUCUUCCUGUGGUUAAAUUUCACAGCAUGUGGCUAUCUUACAUGUAUACCAUCUGUCCCCUUAUUAGCCAUUCAGACACCAGGUUGACCCACCCAUGGUGUGUGUUUUAUCAGAGACUGAGAACAGCAGAAACUAAGGUUGGAACAGACUAGCUUUAAACUACCCCAUUGGGUGACGGCUGCAACAAAAGUGGAAGCACCCCUUGGUGAAGAGUGGGCGGUUGGUGGCGGCUUAGCACCAGCUAACAUCCGAGAGAGAGGUGCCAAAGGAGCCAGUAACACUGAGGAUGUGUCUUAGCAGGUGUCGUGUUGUACGUUUUCAGGUAUGCUUGCUCUAUGUUGCCCAGGCUGCCCUAGAACUCGGGAUCCUCUUGCCUCCUGUUUCCUGUGAGCUGGGAUUACAGGCGCAUGCCACCGCUCCCAGCUUCUUCCCUGCUGGAUAUAGGGGGUUACGCUGGACAAAUACAUGGCCCACUGUAUGGUCAUACUAAACCACUCUUUUUAAUUUUUUUGUUACACUUGUGUGUGUGUGUGUGUGUGUGCGCGCGCGCGCGCGGUAUUCACAUGUGUGUGCACAUAGUACAGAACAUGUGUGGUGGUCAGAGGACAGCUUGUAGAUGUUGUUUUCUUUCACAUGGAGGUCAGGAGGACCGAACUCAGGUCGUCAUGCUUGUCGGCAGACGCCUUGACCCGUUGAGCCGACUCACUGCAGACUUGGUUUUUAAUGCCUUUUGGGUUGAAACGGUCUCUACAAUACAUAGCCCAAGGUGGCCUCAAACUCUGCCUCCCAAGUGGGAUUACAGGCAUGCGCUACCACGCCAGGCUACUAAUGGGCUUUUGUAUUGCUUAGAGCCUUGAUGACCGUUUUAAGAUACCUGUACUAGCCUUAACACAUCUGUAAAGCACUUCCUGCCUGUGUACAGGGUAAGAUCCUAGCUAGAUCAGAUACGAGCUUCGCAGAUUUUUUAACCUUUUUAAUAAAACAAAAACAAAAAACCCCUAUAAAACACAUAGGCCUUUUUGUUUAUAAUUUUUCUUUCAUUUGUAGAAUUUUUCCGAUAGAGAAAUGCAGAGGUUUACGAUGUCCCUAUUUCCGUUCAUGCACUUCUCCCUGUUAUACUUCCUGCCAGAGAAAUCAUGUGGGUACUCUUCCUAACUUUUCUGUGUGUUGUACACGUGUGCUUGAUGUGUUAAUACAUGACAUUCCCCACUUGUGGGGCGCCUGUGGAGAUUGUGUAGGUGUGUUUCACUAGUUGCCACAGCUCCACAGAUUUCAAGGAUGUGCCUUAUUCCCCUGUGGACAGACAAGAAUGUAACCUCUCCCCGUGGUUUCACUUGUGCAAACAGUAGCCUGGCCUUUGUGGCCUCUUUAUUUAAUCCGAAUAGAAUGAGUGUGAAGUAGUCACUUCUGCUGUGAAGUAGAUGUAAGUUACUAAGCAAAACUGUUACCAAGUCCUUCUGAAUGGGGGUUUUUGUUGUGGGUGACAGAGGCACACAGUGUAGCCCAGGAUAUUCUUGGCAAUCCUGCCUCAGUCUCCCAACUGCUGGGAUCAUAGGCAUUGAGUGACUUCAUGGUUCAAAGCCAUGGGAUGAUUCUUUACUUUUCCUGUAACUGUCUAACAGAGUAACCAGUGACAUCAAGUAAGAUUACGAUAUCCAGAAUCUAAAUGGAACAGUGAAAUGUCAAGGUCGACUUAGGGGACACUAAAGUAUUCUCCUUAUAUUCAGUGUUUCAUAAUGAAGAAGCUUGACAUUUUGCUUGGCAGGGAUAUAUGUCUAGAAGUGCAGUAUUCCAACAGUGUCCAUACAGUCCACCUUCGCAAGACUCUGUCAUCUAAUGGAUCACUGUUGUAUGUGUGGCCUGUUGACCAGCAUGUGGCUAUAUAGUAUAUCACUUAAUAACUAGAAAGUUGAAUUGUUCAUACCAUUUUCCAGUGAUUUCAGUAACUUUUAAUCUGAUAUCCAAAUCUUACUAAAAUCACAUGGCAGGCAGCUGGGCAUGGUGGCACUCAGGAUACAGAGGCAGGCAGAUCUCUGAGUUCCAGGACAGCCUGGUCUAUGGAGUGAGUUCCAAGACAGCCAGGGCUACACAGAGAAUCCCUGUCUCCAAAAAAAAAAAUUACAUGGCAGGCAAACACAUAAACCCUACCUUUAU